AUACCAUCAACCUCUCUCAUACCAGCUCGAACCAUCCUAACUGCCUUGCACUGGCUGAGCUGCCGUGUCCGCCGGCAAUAUGGUCUUGGAACGCUUACAGCAGAUGGCUUCCCAUGUCACGGGCCAGAAGGUCCAGCCUCAUCCUUUCGAUCCGCUUACAUUGGACGAGAUCAGAACAGCGGUCGAGAUCGUGCGAAGAGAAUACCCGAGCGUACACUUCAAUGCGAUCACACUAUGGGAGCCUCGAAAGGCAGAGAUGCAGAAAUGGCUCGCCAGCCCACAGACAGUCCCGAGACCACAUCGAGUAGCAGACAUUGUGGCAAUUGGAAGAGGUAGCAAAGUAUACGACGCGUUGGUUGAUCUGAACGAAGGCAGGAUCACACAAUGGCAGCAGACUCCAGAUGUUCAACCAUUAAUCACCAUGGAGGACCUGCAGCUGACAGAGACUGUGGCAAGAAAAGACGCAAAGGUCAUUGAGCAGUGUGGUAUCCUUGGAAUCCCGCCACAAGAUAUGCACAAAGUCUACUGCGAUCCUUGGACAAUUGGCUACGACGAACGAUUUGGUUCGGGAAUUCGACUACAACAAGCUCUGAUGUAUUAUCGGCCGAACAUUGACGAUUGCCAGUAUACCUUCCCGCUCGAUUUUUGUCCCAUCUUCAACGCAGACACGCACGAGAUUAUUCACAUUGACGUGCCGAAAGUGCGAAGACCUCUGAAUGCUGCUCCGCCGAUCAACUAUCACGCUGAAGCGAUCGAGAAAGAGGGUGGUCACAGAACAGACUUGAAGCCAAUCAAUAUAUCACAACCUGAAGGAGUGUCAUUCGCGGUAGAAGGGCGAACAUUGAAAUGGCAGAACUGGAAUAUCCAUGUUGGUUUCAACUAUCGAGAGGGCGUGGUUCUCUCGAAUAUCACGUUCAAUGACAAGGGCAAUGUUCGUCCGCUUUUCUGGCGACUGUCUCUGGCGGAGAUGGUCGUGCCAUACGGCAAUCCGGAGCAUCCACAUCAAAGGAAGCACGCCUUCGAUCUUGGUGAGUAUGGUGGAGGAUACAUGACAAACUCGCUCUCUUUGGGCUGCGACUGCAAGGGCGCUAUCCACUACAUGGACUUCGACUUCGUUAACAAAGCCGGCGAGCCUCAAACAAUCAAGAACGCAAUUUGCAUUCACGAGGAGGACGCUGGAAUCUUGUUCAAGCACACCGACUUCCGAGACGAUUCCUGCACUGUGACUCGUGCUCGCAAAUUCGUGAUCAGUCACGUCUUCACAGCAGCCAACUAUGAAUACUGCGUCUACUGGAUCUUCAUGCUGGAUGGUACUAUCCAGCUCGAGGUCAAGCUUACUGGCAUCUUGAACACAUACGCUCUCGCACCAGGUGAAUCUGCAGCGCCAUGGGGAACGGAAGUCUACCCAGGCGUCAACGCUCACAACCACCAGCACUUGUUCUGUUUGCGCGUAGAUCCGAAUAUUGACGGCCCAGAGAAUACCGUCUUUCAGGUCGACGCAGUGCAAGGCGAAGGUGAGGUCGGCAGCAAAGAUAACUUUUACGGCAAUGCCUUCUAUGCCAAGAAAACCAAGCUCGAGACCAUGGAGACUGCUCGAAGUGACUACAACGGCCAAACAAGUCGCACCUGGGAAAUCGCCAACACGAACAAGAUCAACCCAUACAGCAAGAAACCCGUCUCUUACAAACUCGUCAGCAGAGAAGUCCCAUCCUUGCUGCCGAAGGUGGGCAGUCUAGUGUGGAAACGAGCUGGCUUCGCCCGCCAUGCCGUCCACGUAACAAAAUUCUCCGACGACCAAAUCCAUCCAGCCGGCCGCCACGUGCCCCAAACUUCCGGCGAACCCUCGCAAGGCCUCCCCGCCUGGAUCGCCGCAGAUCCUCAAGGCUCUCUCGACAACACCGAUGUCGUCUUGUGGCAUACAUUCGGUCUCAUACAUUUCCCCUCUCCCGAAGACUAUCCUGUCAUGCCCGCUGAGCCCAUGACUGUGCUGCUGCGGCCAAGGAACUUCUUCACGAGUAAUCCUUGUAUGGAUGUUCCUCCGAGUUAUUCUAGUACGCCGAGUCAGGUUGCGGCUGGGAAGAGUGGUGUGAAAGGGAUUGUGGAUAGCAUUAGUCGGUUGGCUUUUGGGGGGAAAGAGGGGAGUAGUUGUUGUUGAGAUUGGUGGAGGAUAUGGCUCUGGUUAUAUCAGAAUGAUAUGCACUUUCACUGUUCGCAAUUUGGAAGAAAUGGAAUUUUUGUAGUGGCCACGAACAUGCGCCUACUUCAUC